AUGGGUAAGCGUAAAUCAAGUAAGCCACCCCCAAAAAAGGUAGUUCAAAAACUCCCAAAGCAUUUUGAUUGCUUAUUUUGUGCCCAUUCUCAGUCUGUAGAUUGUAUAUUAGAUAGAGAACUUGGUAAAGGAGUUGCCAAGUGCAGAGUUUGUAAUGCCUCAUAUGAAACACCAAUUCAUGAGUUAUCAGAUGCCAUAGACGUUUAUAGUGAUUGGAUUGAUGCUUGUGAAUCAAUUAGAUAA